UUGGCACCUCUCCUAGUUCAACCUCUGCGUCAUGAACAACCUAACUCACUACUCUCCUCUCCUCAAUGGCUUCCUCCAUAACCCAACAACCACCACCACUCCCCUCUCUCCACCACCCAAUUCUCAAACCCACCAUCACCCGCCGCUCACUCCUCCUCACAUCCACCACCACCACACUCACCUUCCCCUCCCUCUCCUCCUCCGCCUCACCACAGCUACCAAACCCCACCAUCACCGACCGCAUCUUCAUGGACUUCAGCCUCUGCCCCAACUAUUACCUCCCAAAUCGCACCCUCGGCGACACCAUCUCCACCCUAUGCUCCGAAUCCACCUUACUCGGUCGCGUCAUUCUCGGCCUCUACGGUAACCUCGUUCCACGCACAGUCUCAAAUUUCAAAUCACUUUGUAUUUCCUCUCCUAAUUCAUCUUCCUCCUACAAGAACACAUUCGUUCACAAGGUUAUACAAGGUCAGUACUUUCUUGCUGGACGUCAGGGUCGUCCUGAAAAAGGCGAGGUCCGCCCUCCUCGUCACCUCCCACGCAAUGUUGAAACGGUUGACCCCAAGGCGUUUGCGCUGACACAUUCUCGUCCCGGUGUUGUUUCGCUUUCGCUAUCGGAGAAUGAUGACGAUGAUGAGAUCAAGUUUGACCCUGAAUAUAGGAAUGUUGAGUUUUUAAUCACCACUGGACCUGGACCUUGUCCUCAGCUUGAUAAUAAGAAUAUCGUCUUUGGAACCGUGCUUGAAGGGUUGGAUGUCAUCACAACCAUAGCGUCAACUCCCACUUACCAACCAGGUGAACGAAUUCGCCAAUUUAAUGACUUGGCUGAAUUUUUCGGAGACGAGAGGGCUCAGAAUGCUCGCGCCAUUUGGAACAGGCCUCUUACCACAAUUUACAUUAGUGACUGUGGGGUGCUAGAGGUUGCAAAGCCUUCCCUCACACCUUCUCUCCCUUAACUUCUUUCCCUGUGUAUAUUAAUAUUCAAGAGAAUUUCAUUUAACUGUUGUAUGUAAAAUCAUACUCAAAUUAUUUCAAAGGAACUGAUAAUUAAUAAACCCUAAAGUGAACAAAAUGAAUGACUUGAAAAUUGGAAGGAA